CCUCUUAGAGAAAUCACGAAUAAAGAGACGGCAAAUCUUUAACGUUUAUACUCGGCUUUAGCCGGUCGUGGAUAAAGUAUCGUAUGUAUCUAUCCGGUUGUUUGCGCUAAAUUUGCAUACGCCUAGCCUAAAUUUUCACUCUCCUGCCACUCGUCCAUCCACUAUUUCGUAUAAAUAAAGUUGUGAGACGGAAGCCGAGCCUUGUGUGAAAGUAUGCGCUGUAGUGAACGCUCGGUAGCGUUUAGUAUCGAUUGGCCCGGGAUAUAUUAAAGUACCUCUUGAAGUGUCGAAUAACAUAGGAGUGAUCGAUUUGUGUUUUGUGCAUGAAAUGGUGCAAGGGAUAAUGUACGUAUUGCUUUUAUUCGUAGCAAUAUCGGUCGGCGUAUUUGCUACAGUAUCUGAUAACGAGACAAGGUCGGUGUUAUCAAACGAGGUAUAUAACUUUACUGGCAAAGUUACAAACAUAACUGAUGAUAAAGGAUUUUGGGAUUGGAUUUAUACUUUACUCGCUAAACCAACAACAACGACGAUAUCACCACCGAUAAUAGAACCUGAGGAAUGUUCUUCUUGUACUUGUGGUUUGACCAAUACACAGAAACGAAUUGUCGGUGGUGUUGAAACAAAAGUAAAUCAAUAUCCAUGGAUGGCAUUGUUGAAAUAUAAGAAACGUUUCUAUUGCGGUGGAUCUAUUAUAAAUUCUAGAUACGUUUUAACUGCAGCUCACUGUGUCGACAGGUUUGAUCCGAGUUUAAUGUCCGUCGUUCUUUUGGAACACGAUCAAAAUUCGACGAUCGAAUCUCAAGUCCAAGAAUACAAAGUGGAACAAGUUAUAAAACACAGUGGUUACUCUAUCGUUAAUUACAACAAUGAUAUUGCUUUGCUCAAAUUGAAUAAUAUUGUCAUGUUCAAAGGUUUAAUGAGACCAGUAUGUUUGCCGGAAAAAGGAAAAACAUAUAGCGGAUCAAUAGGUAUCGUAACUGGAUGGGGCGCUGUUCAUGAAUCAGGACCUAUUUCAAAUACUUUGCAAGAAGUUAUGGUCCCUAUACUUAGUAACGCUGAAUGCCGUACAACGAAUUAUCCAUCGAGAAGGAUCACUGAUAAUAUGAUCUGUGCGGGAUACGCGAGAGGAAGCAAGGAUUCUUGUCAAGGUGACAGUGGUGGUCCAUUACAUGUCCUUAACGAUACAUCACAUGUACAUCACAUAGUUGGUGUAGUCUCAUGGGGCGAAGGAUGUGCAAAACCUAUGUAUCCUGGAGUUUAUACUCGAGUAAAUCGCUAUCUUACUUGGAUUAAACAAAAUACAGAAGACUCUUCUUAUUGUUGUACAUAGAUAAACGAUCGACAGAGA